ACAACAACAACAACAACAACAACAACAACAACAACAACAACAACAACAACAACAACAACAACAACAACAACAACAACAACCACAACAACAACAACAACAACCACAACAACAACAACAACAACAUCUUCAUCAUCAACAACAACAACCACAACAACAACAACAACAUGAAUUAAAAAAUCUGAUAAAUGAAGAUCAUUAUUAUGAUAUAUUAACAGGAGAAUCAAUAAUUCUCGACUGGGGUGAUGUUUUGGACGAACAGGAAGAUGAAAGUCAAGAUCAACAACAACAACAACAACAACACCAAUUGCAUUAUCAUUCAUUAUCAGGUUCAGUAAUUAUUGAUUUGGAUAAUGUAUUGGACGAAGAGGAUGAUUAUGUAAUGAACACAGCACCUUCAGUUGUCAUGGAAGAAGAGGAAAGGAAAAGUUACAUUAGUUUUAGAAAAUUAAUGAAAAUUGGUCCAAAUAUCAAAAAGAAAAUAGUAGCAGUUAAGGACUACUAUAAAAAAAAAUAUAAAGUUUUAAAAUAUACUAUCAACUUUAUUCAAAGACAAAAUUAUUAA